AUGUCCAAAGCACGGCUAGCCCCCGCGCUUCAGGUUUUCCAAACCCUCCAACGAUAUCCCAUCAUCCGGCCCCGACGACAACCAGACGUCCCUAUAGGGUGUGUCUCGCCGUCUCUGUCCGCGCAAACAACACAGCAAAGCAUCCUCAGUUUAUACCAUGAUCUGGGUGUCCUCGUGUUUGCGGGCUGUAGCGCCUCGCAGACAGAGAGAAUAGGCGAUAUACUACGGCAGGUAGUGAAUUGGGGAGGGCCAGGCGGCACCAUCACAAGUUUGACAGCAGGACAAUACACGCAUAAACGGGUGGAUGAGUUGCCAGCGAGAGAUUUACACGACACUCUGGAUGAGGCGAGGCCCGGACAAAUCAAGCCAGAUGCAAUUCUGAAAAUGGCGUCGUCACGGUUCCGGCAAUUACUGCAGAAACAAAUCGACGCGGUCCCUGAUCUGGAUAAAGUUUCUUUUCAGGAGAUGCAGGUUAUCAUUCCGGGGACACCUGCGCCAAGUGGCACCAUCUUGCCUGCGGAAACGGGACCCCGGAGUUUGAAGUUGGAUUCCUAUGCCACCGUGGGGGUCGACCGUGACAGCGGACAUGCCGUUGGUGAGAUACGCUUCUUUGCCGUUGGAACUGGAGAUUAUGUAGGUGCGGCGGGGAUAGAUUAUAGACUUGUGCAGGUUGAUGGGGGUAAAGUUGUGCCGCUUUGGGGACACGGUCGGUUGGAUAAGAGGAGAGGAUUGAGUACGCAGGUACAGAGAGAGAGAUUAGACGAUGUUACGGGUUUGUUGGGCAAGUUGUGGGAGUUGGAGAGGGAGGUUUGGGCGCAUAGGGCUGAGGGGCUUGAGUAG